CAUUUCCGACGUUCUGCAGCCGGUGAUUUCACAAAUUUACCCAACAAAACCCAAUGAGCUUUUUAUCACGGAGAGAGCUCCACUGCAAUAUCCAAACCCUCUUCUGAAUCAUUACUCUCAUGGCAGUUCAUUGAAACCACAAACUCAAAAAAGGAAUACAAGGGCUAGAGUUUGUUUUGUUUGUAGCAGUUGAAGAAACAUGAAAGGCCACGAAACAAAGAUGCCAAGAAUGGAGGAUAUUCUUAGCCUUCCGGUGCAAGAUCCUCCUUGUGCAGAGUUUUCUGCUGCUCAUUUAAAGUGGGUAAAAGUAGAAGGUGGUCGUCAAGGUGGUGAUGAUAUUGCUCUCAUUCCUUUUGCUAGAGUGGACGAUUUUGUAAAAGGAGAAUCUUCUAAUGCAGAAUGCCCUGCUAGUUUUCGCAUUGAGUCAAGUAGGAAGAGACUUGAGGGGAGCAUCAGCAAACCAAGGGUUGAUGGCUAUCUUGAGUACACAUUGUACUGGUGUUCUUAUGGCCCUGAAGAUUAUCGAGAAAGCGAAUCUGGAACAGGUGAUGUGUCAAGCAUCAAGCCUGCAUCAGGGAAAGGGAGCAGGCCUGGGAGGCGUCACAUGAUGAGAGGCUGCCUUUGCCAUUUCACUGUAAAACGAUUAUACACCCGGCCCCUCCUAGCCCUCAUCAUCUAUAAUCAAAGACAGCAUGUAGAUAAAACUGGAGCUCCAUGUCAUGGGAUACUUGAUCGGGAUGCUUUAGGGACAAGGGCUAUGUAUGCUCCAAGAAUCUCAGAAGAGUUACGCCAGAAAGUGAUGUCUAUGCUUUAUGUCGGAAUAUCUUUGGAUAGUGUAAUUCAGCAUCACAUGGAGGUGGUGCAGGGGCAUGGUGGACCCCAUAAUCGUGAUGAUUUUCUCACUCGAAAUGAUGUUCGUAACAUGGAAAGGCUUAUUCGUAAUUCUUCACACGAGUUACAUGAAAAUGAUGAAUGCAGUAUAAAGAUGUGGGUUCAACGCCAUCAAAAACAUGUUUUCUACUUUCAGGACAACUCUGGUUCAGAACCUUUUAUCUUGGGGAUACAGACAGAUUGGCAGCUGCAACAGAUGCUCUGUUAUGGAAAUAAUGGUUUGAUAGCUUCUCAUUCAACAUUUGGCUUGAAGAAACUUAAGUCUCCCCUGUGUACUCUGCUUGUGUUUGACUCAUCCCACAAUGCAAUUCCGAUUGCUUGGGUCAUUACCUCUUCUUCUGUUGGUCAAGGUAUCCAUAAAUGGAUUGGAUUACUUGCUGAAAGAAUCCAUACCAAGGACCCCAGAUGGAGACUCAAUGCCUUCUUAGUGGACGAUCCUUCUUUUAAGGUUUCCAUGAUACGAGAGGCUUUCCAGUGCCGGGUCCUAUUAAGCGUCUGGCAUAUUCGCCGUGCUUGGAUUAGAAAUCUUUUAAAGAAAUGCAGUAACUUUGAUGUGCAGCGAGAAAUGUUUAAGCACUUAGGCUGGAUUUUAUAUUGCACGAGAAGUGGGCCAAAUGCUGUGGAUGCAAUUGAAGAGUUUAUGCAAGUAUUUGUUGAUCAAUGUGACUUUAUGGAUUAUUUCAGGAUCCGAUGGUUACCAAGCGUAGAGUUGUGGGUAGCUGGGGUAAGGUCUCUUCCCGUGGCCAGUCCAGAGCUCCAUGCUGCAAUUGAGUCCUAUCACUUGAGGUUAAAAUCCAAGCUUUUCAAUGAGCAACAUGCUAGUUCCUGGGAAAGAGUUGACUGGUUGAUCCACAUUCUGACAACUGAAUUUCACUCCUUACAUUGGUUAGAACAAUACAGUGUGGAGACUGGGUUCUUUGAAAAUUUGAGGGACAAGUCUUUCUUAGCCAAUGCCUGGUAUCUGGCUUUACACAUCGCCGAUGUUGAUGUGAUACUAGAUGAGCAAAAUCUUGAGCUUGCAAAAGUCAUUUCUCAAACAGAUAGAAGUGUGGCAUAUACAGUUUGGAACCCUGGUUCAGAAUUUUCCUUCUGUGAUUGCCCCUGGUCAAGGGUGGGAAAUCUCUGCAAGCAUGUUAUCAAGGUGGCGAUUUUCUGUAAAAAUCGGCAGGUUGCAAGACCAUUAUUGGCUGCUCAAGUUUAUCGGCAGACCUUGCUUACUCUUCUGCAGAACGCUCCAGAUGAUCCUCUAGUUCUAGAGCAUGCCAUUUUAUACACAACCCGCUUGCAACAGGACAUCAAGGGUUUCGAAGACUUGUCAAACAGUGGGUUGCUCCAGCCAUUACCUCCUGAGAUUAAUUCUCAUGGAGCAGAUAAUCUUGUGCUUUUUCCGGGUCUUCAUUGAACAGAGAAUUGAAAGGAGAUUGAGCAUCUCUGUUUGGGCUGAAGCUUUUCUUCUUGUAUGUCCAAAGUUUUAAAUGGUGCUGUGAAGUUAUGUUCGUUGAUUGCCCCACAGUCAACUUGGAAACAAGUCAUAAUUAAAAUCAGCCCAGUUUGAAUGAAUACAAAAUUUGGCAUUCGUUAAAAUGCCACUCUUUGCUUUUGUAGCUGAAGCUUCUUGACUUUCUGACAGCAGCAAAGUCAAAGGGCAGAUUCCGUGGUUGGUCAUCUUUUAAUUUUGGAUACUGAGCAAGACUUCAUGGAAGGUGAUAACAAGGUGCAAAUAAUGUAGGUGGCGUUUGGAAAGUAUACAAACAUUUUCAAGGAAGGAGCUUGUGGAAAUUAUACAACAUACUUCUACCCGCUCAUACAGUAGACAAACCUUGCUCCAACCUUGAACCCCCUGGCAUGUGGCCAUUGGAAAUCAUUUCUUCAGCGAAGGUUGCAGGCAGCGUAUGUUGGGAAUCAGGUGUGAUUUGGAAAUAUCUGAUUACCCAACAGAAAAACAAGUUAUCCACAGAUUUAUCAAAUCACUGGGAAUCUGGGAUGCAUUUGCUGCCACUGCGUGGGGAUGGAGGAGCUGUUGCGGUGGGAAUCGAUGGCCUCGUCAAGAGACAUUAGCUCUUCUCAGGAUUAGGUCUGAGAUGGACGCUGCCUUCUGUGAUGCCAUCCUCAAAGGUCCCAUCUGGGAAGACGUUUCUAGGACGCAUUGUCCUCCAAACCAAAGUUUACUUAAAAAGCUUUGGUGUUGGUGGUUUAGUCAUGGAAUGGACUGAUGGGCUAGCAGGUAUUCCUCCCAAGAUCUCUCUCAGACGCACACUCUCUUUCCCCACACAAACACGCACUUGGCCAAUCUCUUUUUCCUCACGAUUCACGAGUUAGCUGGGCAUUCUUCUCUCUCUCUCUCUCUCUCUCUCCUUCUUUUUAUGUUUUUUCUGAACGGCCCAGAUCCUCUGCAUGUCUUCCAGCUAACUCCCUUUUACACAGAAACAGUAAACUUUCCUUCUAUCCCCACCCUAGAGAGAGAAAGGAAUCAAUUAAUAUUACUAUAUUCAAUCCCGAGAAUAAUUCUUCUUUCUUUUAUAUAUUUUUAGCUAAAAAAUCUUUAUCGAAAAACAUAGAAACAAGCGAAGCACCAACUUUUCUCUCGGUGAUUAAGAGCUAAUAAUCAAUGAAAAAUCACAAAAAAAUAAAAAGUUACUGAGCGUUAAGUUGAAAAUCAGGUGUAACACCACUGGUUAUAAAUAUUCACAAGAAAAUAAUUAGGGUUAAUUACACUUAAUCUCCCUCAACUGUCACUCAUUUACACAUCGCCCCCCACGAACUACAUGUGACACUCAAAACUCCAUAAACUACCAUUCGUUGGUAAAAGAGCCCUUCCCUUAGGCCAGAUUGUUAAAAUGGACGGAUCCUCGAUCACGUGUCGUACACAUGCAUUUUUAGAUGUGAAAUGAUAAAAAAUGCCACCCUUGGGGGUGGUCAAAUUACAAGGGGAUAAGGCUAGCAAUUUUUGACACUAACUUGCAAACUCAACAUGAAUCCAAUACAAAAUUAGCAGGUUAGGGUUAAGUAAAAUAAAAGUUGGAUUGAAUCAGGUUGAGCUGAUGAAACACAAUUAAUAAAUGGGUCAAUUUCAGGUCAACAUGCAUAACCCAUAGACAUUAAAACAUUUUUAAUUUUUACCAACAAAAAAUUUAAACCCUAAAGUCUUGAAAGACAAAAAAUGCCCCGUCUCAACUCUCGGGCUUGAAUAGCUCAUCUCUCCCACUUACUCUCUCUCCCUUUCUCUCGCUCAUAUUUCUUCGGUUGAAACUUCCACUCUUCCUUCGACGUGAACAGUGAAUUGAAGCCUACACACCUAGGAGUGGAACUAGGAUUUUAGAUGUUGCGGAGGAAUGAAUUUUUUUUUUUUUUAAAAAGAAAAAACAAAAAACAAAAUUAGGGGGUAAAAAUUUGAUUUUAAAAAAAUUAUAGGAGUAUUUAAAACAAUUUGGGAAACAUUUUGAGGCUUGGGAGGACCGAAGCCCCCCAAGCCUCUUAGUAGUCCGCCCCUACGGCUAUCCCGUUGCCAUGCCACCUCGCAGCCGAAUGCUCGCACCUCCAUCCCUAGGUUCAACUCCUCCUCCGUAAGGCUCUUUCUCUCUCUCUCUCUCUCUCUCACUGAUUUCUCAACUAUGUAUGAUAUUCUUACAAGAACUUCAAAUCUGAAGUUCGUGACUAUUCUAACAUGACCUUCAGAUCUGUCGUUUGCUUAAUUUUAUUUACAGGCCUAUCCCUGAACGCCUUAGAGUUUUGUGAUGAAGAAUUGAAGUAUAGAAAAUAGAUGGUUGAUGAUCAAGACCUUGGAGAUGAGAAUUGAGUAGUGUAGAAUUUGAAUAUAAAUAGCAUGGACGGAGUGCUUACCACAUGGAGAUGGAGCGAAUGUCACUCUUUGGUUGUGGCAGUUCUGGGCACUGUGUAGGGAGUGUGGUGUGGAAAGUUUGCUGGAAUCUUAGGGUAUCGAAUGUUGUUAAAAUGUUCAUUUGGAGGGCUUCGAGCAGCUCGAAGUAUCACGGUCUAGACGGAACCUGUCAUUGCUGAGGCUAUGGCAGCCCUUUAUGCCAUGCUGCUCGGACAAGAACUUGGCGGUGAUGGCAUUAUUUUGGAAGGGGAUGCAACGCAAAUAGUAGCUGCCGUCAAUUCAAUGCUCACAUGCAGGAGCAUUUAUGGCCAAUUUGUGGAAGGUAUUCAAUCCGGUUUGCGGGCUAUGAGGAACUCUUGCUUUAUACAUAUUCUACGGGAUGCCAAUUAUGUAGCCGCACAAGAUGUUACCAAGCAUGUCAUAGACUCGGAGAGAAGAAAUUCCACCAAGUAUAUGUGAUAUUGUAAGGAGAGAGGAAGUUAUUCCCUCUCCUUGAGUGUACUGGUUUUUUGACGUUAUUGAAUAAGAAUUCCAUCUUGACUUUAAAAAAAAAAAAAAAAAA